UCGGGCACGCCAGCACGCCGCGGCUCGGAGUGGCACGGAGUGGAGAGGCGCGAGGAGUGGGAGUGAGACAGUGAAACGGGCUGCGCUGGGCGGCGUGGAGUGUACGGAGUGGGGGCUGAGCGAGUGAGACGCCUUCAGACGCGACGUCGUCGUCGGGCUGCCCAGUCAAGCUCGUACUUCCGAUCGUGCUGGUCAAGAGAGCGUGCGCCUACGCUCGGACCGCCUGUCCCGCUCCACGCGUCGCGCCGCCCAAAUUUGCCCCAUUUGACCCUCUCUCUCGCUCUCCCUGUGAGUCCUCCGGGCACCACAGCAGCGGCGGGCGACGCCGGGCACUCCAGCGAGUCCUCCCGGCUUCCCCAGCAGCUCGUCCAGCGAGCGUCCUCCAGCGAUCCACGGUGGAGUCCUCGUCGUCGGGGACCUCGGCGGGGGUCAUGGAGGGCAGCAAGGAACUGGUGUUCUUCGUCAACGGCAAGAAGGUCGUGGACAGUGGAGUCGACCCAGAAUGGACGCUUCUUUACUACCUCCGAAACAAACUCCGCCUGUGUGGCACCAAGCUGGGCUGUGCCGAGGGCGGCUGCGGCGCCUGCACUGUCAUGGUGUCCAGGGUGGAUAGGGGCACUGGCAAGACACGGCACCUGGCCGUGAACGCGUGCCUGGCGCCCGUGUGCGCGAUGCACGGGCUGGCCGUGACCACCGUGGAGGGCAUCGGGUCAACGCGCACGCGGCUGCACCCAGUGCAGGAGCGCAUCGCCAAGGCCCACGGCUCGCAGUGCGGCUUCUGCACCCCCGGCAUCGUCAUGUCCAUGUACGCGCUGCUGCGGACCCUGCCCAAGCCCUCCAUGCACGACCUGGAGCUCGCCAUGCAAGGAAACCUUUGCCGCUGCACGGGGUACCGCCCCAUCCUGGAAGGCUUCCGCACGUUCACGGAGGACUACGAGGCCCUGCAGACUGCCAGCCGCACCCAGGGACUCCCCAACGGCCUGGCCAACGGUGUGGCCAACGGCUGCCCCAUGGGGAAGGACUGCUGCAAAGUCAACGGCGGCAACGGCUGCGGCAGCCCUGCCAACGGCACCGUCAACGGCACCGUCAACGGCGUGGACGCACUGUGUAACGGCGUCUCGAACGGCGCUACCAAUGGUGCCACCAAUGGCACCGCCAACGGCCAUGCCGCCCCUGCCGGUGACCGCGUCGUCAACGGUGUGCCGGUGCUUGCCGACCAGGGCGGCGUUGACGCGCCGGGCGCCGUGAAGCAGACCUCCACGGACGACAAGUUCUUCAGCGUGGAGACGUUCGCGCCCUACGACCCCUCCCAGGAGCCCAUCUUUCCGCCAGAACUCAAGAAGAGCGCCGCCCUGGACGAGCAGGCGCUGUGCAUCGUGGGGCCCAGGGUGACGUGGUUCCGGCCCACCAGCCUGCAGCAGCUGGUGCUACUCAAGGAGCGGCACCCGCAGGCCAGGAUCAUCGCGGGCAACACCGAAGUGGGCGUGGAGACCAAGUUCAAGGCGUGCCUGUACCCGGUGCUCAUCUCGUCCUCCGCCGUGCCCGAGCUCCAGGCCGUGGCCGUGGACGCGGCGGCCGAGGGGCUGCGCGUGGGGGCGGCCUGCCCGCUCACCCAGGUCGACGAGGCCCUGCGCAAGCUCAUCAAGGAGCUGCCCCAGCACAAGACGAGGACCUUGCAGGCUCUGAGCAGCAUGUUGCGGUGGUUCGCCGGGAACCAGAUUCGUAACGUCGCAGGCGUCGGCGGCAACAUCAUGACGGGCAGCCCCAUCUCCGAUCUGAACCCCAUCUUCCUGGCGGCGGGCUGCGUCCUGGAUCUGCGCAGCUCGCGCGGCGUCCGCCGGCUGCGCAUGGACCAACGCUUCUUCACGGGCUACCGCCGCAACGCCGUGCUGGCCGACGAGGUGCUGGUGUCCGUGCUGCUGCCCUUCACCGAGGAGGCCGAGUACCUCUGCGCGCUGAAGCAGGCGCGGCGUCGCGAGGACGACAUCGCCAUCGUGAACCUGGCGCUGCGGCUGCGGCUGCGCGACGACGGGCUGGCCAUCCAGGACGCCGCCGUGGCCGUGGGGGGCAUGGCGCCCACCUCCGUGCUGGCGCAGGGCGCCGCCAAGGCCCUGGCUGAAGGGUCCCUGGACAGCGACACCCUGGACCUCGCCUGCUCCGCCCUCGCGCAGGACCUUCCUCUGCCACCCGGCGCCCCCGGCGGCAUGGUGCGCUACCGACAGGCCCUCGCACUCAGCUUGCUGGUCAAGGCCUUCCUGAACAUCGCGAGCCAGACGCCGCGUUCGCCGAUGCUGUCCAGUCGCCUCCAGAGUGCGGCGGAGCCGCUCACGGAGAAACCGCUCAGCAGCGCGCAGUACUUCACCACGGUGCCCGGCUCACAGGCGCGAACGGACUUUGUCGGCAAGCCCAUCGUGCACCAGUCCGCCUACAAGCAGGCCACGGGCGAGGCCGUGUACUGCGACGACAUCCGCCCCCUGGACGGCGAGCUCUACCUGUCGCCCGUCAUGAGCACGCGCGCGCACGCCCGCGUGCUGGCCGUGGACGCGUCGGCCGCCCUGGCCGUGCCCGGCGUCGCCGGCGUGCUCACCGCCGCCGACCUCCCCGCCAACCAGAACAAGUUCGGCGCCAUCAACCUCGACGAGGAGAUCCUCGCUUCCGGGAAGGUGUUGUGCCACGGACAGCUCGUUGCGGCCGUGCUGGCCACGGAGCAGAGCGUGGCGCGCAGGGCGGCCGGUCUCGUCAAGGUGGAGUACCAGGACCUGCCCGCCGUCCUCACGAUAGAGGACGCCAUCGCCGCCGACUCGUACCUGGUGCCGCCCGCGGUGCUGGCGGUGGGUGACGUGGACAAGGCCGAGGCCGAGGCCGACCACGUGGCCGACGGCGAGGUCCGUAGCCCCGGCCAGGAGCACUUCUACCUGGAGACGCAGGCCGCCGUGGCCGUGCCCGGCGAGGACGGCGAGAUGGAGGUGACGGCGUCCACGCAGUCCCCCACCGGCCUGCAGGACACCGUCGCCCGCGUGCUGGGCGUGCCCAAGAGCCGCGUCGUCGUCAGAGUCAAGCGACUUGGCGGCGGCUUCGGCGGCAAGGAGGUCCGCGCCGUGCCCUUCGCGACGCUCUGCGCCGUCGCCGCCAACAAGUACCGGCGGCCCGUGCGCUUCAUGCUAGACCGCGACGAGGACAUGGCUACCACGGGGCAACGGCACCCGUUCCUCACCCGCUACAAGGUGGCCUUCGACAAGGAGGGCCGGCUGCUCGGCCUUCGCAUGCACAUGUACACCAACGGCGGCUGCUCUGAGGACCUCACGUUCGCGGUGUUGGAGAGAGCGAUGCACCACUGCACCAACGCGUACUACGUCCCCAGCGUGCACCUCACGGGCUACUGCUGCAAGACCAACCUCCCCUCCAACACCGCCUUCAGGGGCUUCGGCGGCCCGCAGGGCAUCCUCGUGGCGGAGACCAUCAUCAGGCACGUCGCCAAUGUGGUAGGCAAGGACCCGCUGCAGGUGGCUGAGCUCAACAUGCUGCGCGACGGGCACGAGACGCUGUACCACCACCGCGUCGAGGAGUGCACGGUUCGCCGCUGUUGGGACGAGAUGCUGCAGCAGGCACUCUACCGCCAGAGGCUCCACGACGUGCAGCAGUUCAACAGGCAGCACCGCUACAAGAAGCGCGGGCUGGCCGCCGUGCCGCUGACGUACGGCGUGGCCUACUCCGUCAAGUUCCUGAACCAGGCCGGCGCCCUGGUGCACGUGUACACGGACGGGUCGGUGCUGCUGACGCACGGCGGCACCGAGAUGGGUCAGGGGCUGCACACCAAGAUGAUCCAGGUGGCAAGCCGCGCGCUCGGCGUUGACGCCUCCAACAUCCACAUCUCUGAGACGGCCACGGACAAGGUGCCCAACACCAGCGCCACGGCCGCCAGCUUCUCGUCAGACCUCAACGGCAUGGCCAUCAAGCAAGCGUGCGAGAAGAUCCUGGAGCGGCUGCGGCCGUUCCGCGAAGCCAACCCCACGGGCCGCUGGGAGGACUGGGUGCGGGCCGCGUACUUCGAGACCGUCAGCCUGUCCGCCACUGGCUACUACACGACUGAGGGAAUCAACUACAACUUCCGCGAGAACACGGGCCGCGCCUACGCGUACCUCUCGCACGGCGCGUCCUGCUCCGAGGUGGAGAUCGACUGCCUGACGGGCGACCACAAGGUGCUGAGCACGGACAUCGUCAUGGACCUGGGCGAGAGCCUGAACCCGGCCAUCGACGUGGGCCAGAUCGAAGGCGGCUUCAUGCAGGGCUACGGCAACUACGUCCUGGAGGAGCCCGUCGUGGCCGCCAACGGCGCGCUGCUGUCCAGGGGCCCCGGCGCCUACAAGAUCCCCGGCUUCGGCGACAUCCCCGCCGAGUUCAACGUGGCCCUGCUCAAGGGCAGCAGCAACCGCCACGCCAUCUACUCGUCCAAGGCCGUGGGCGAGCCCCCGCUGCUGCUGGCCUGCUCCGUGCUGUUCGCCCUGCGCGAGGCCGUGGCCGCGGCCCGCGAGGAGGAGGGGCUGCGGGGGUGGUUCCACCUGGACGCGCCCGCCACCGCCGCCACCAUCCGCCUGGCCUGCGAGGACCGCUACACCAAACGGUUUCCAGAGCCGGCGAAGGGGACUUUUACUCCGUGGAACAUUCGAGUGUAAAUUGGAGCUGGCAUCUCUAUGGAAAUAACAAUGAUGGGAGUCACUUAAUUACUACUCCGACAAAACGAUGUCGUCGCGUAGUCGUUUUAUUUUAAAAAAAUCGUUACUUUAAGGUAUAUUAAUUAAUGGAGUUAGAGAGCGGUUUGUUAGACAAAGUCCAGUCCAGUGUGUGUAUUUUAAGAUCAGUAUUUUGUUAUUUAUAUGUGAAAUAAAAAUACUUUGGAAAACCGA